ACUACAGAGCAGAGUGACUCUUACUCCAGCCCUGUACACUGAGCUAUCUCACUGUACACACAGAGAGGAGAGAAGUGGACAUCUAUAACCUGGUCUGUCCCCCCAGAGCUCACCUGAACACAGAGGUAUACACUAUAGUGUGACUCUUACUUAGACAUCACCACGACUACCACUCACGAAAGGAGAGAGGGACAGGUAAACAGACAGCUGGAGGAAAAAAGGGACCGAAUCGAUGAGAGAUAUGGGUGGGAAGGAGAAGAAGACUGUAGGCAUUACCAAUGUGCCAAAAUACCAGGGGUCAGACAAGAAGCCUUCCCCAUGCUGUGAAGGCCGUAGCAGUGAGUCAGCCCCAGGAAGCAGAAAGCAGAAUGGCAAAGUCCAUCAGACCCAAUUGCCGUUCUUCAGACACCUGGAGAAGGUGGAGACCAUGAGGAGCUUCUGGGAGCUCAAACACGUGGAGCAGGAGGGAGAACGACAACAGGGUAGCCCCUGCCCUCAGCUAUUGCCCCUCAUCCUCAAGCAAGUGGAGAAGAAAGGAGACCAUCAACAGCUGAAGGACAAUGGGAUGAGGGAUGGAAAGGACAAGGUCAAACUCAGCCUGAAAGGCCUGAAAGCCCAGAAGAAGAAGAAGCCUCCACAUGCAUCGGACUCUGUAGAGACCCUUCUUCUAGACCAGGUGGAGAAGCUCAACAGGCAGAAUGCUGAACUUUCCCAUGGUAACGGGGUGGUUCUGGACAUGCUCCGCGCCCCCGUCGUCCAACCAGAGGACCUGGAGGAUCUAGAGGGGGAGGAGGAGGAGAAGAGGAGAACCCCUGAACGGGAGGAAGAGCAGAGGGCUAGGGAGGAAGAGGAGGGGGAUAUAUUUGGUGAAUCUGAGGAAGAGGAGGGUAGGGAGGAACAAGUUGGAGAGGAAGAGGUGGAGAAGAGAAGGGGAGGAGGGGAAGAAGAGUCAUCAUUGUCACCAGAACCUCUAGAAAGCUCCGAAGAGUUAGGUGAAGUGGCCGCCAGCAGUAAAAACUGUGUCACAGAGGAGGACCCACUGAAAGAUGACCUGAAAAAUAGCCGAAUGGAGGAGAGGAAAGAGGAGGAUAAAGAGGGAGGAGUACCUGAGGGGGUAGAGCCUCAGGCUGGCCAAUCAAAGGCAGAGAAGAUGAAGGAGGAAGAAGAGGUGGAUGAUGGACAGCCAGAAGAGUACAUCAUUGACUUUACCCCUCCGCCAGCAGCCCCCUUUGACCACCGCAUUGUGACUCCAAAACCUCACCAGAUUGCUACCUUCUACGCCAUUAACAGAGACGAGGUCCUAGGAGGGGGACGUUUUGGACAAGUCCACAAAUGUGUGGAGAACUCUUCUGGACUGACUCUGGCUGCCAAGAUGAUCAAGGCCAGGAGCCAGAAAGAAAAGGAUGUGGUGAAGAAUGAGAUCCAGGUGAUGAACCAGCUGAACCACGCUAACCUUAUUCAGCUCUACGCCGCCUUCGAAUCACGCCAUGACAUCAUCCUCGUCAUGGAAUAUGUGGAUGGCGGGGAGCUGUUCGACCGGAUCAUAGAUGAGAACUACAAUCUGACAGAGCUGGACACAGUGCUGUUUAUCAGACAAAUCUGUGAGGGACUACAGUACAUGCACAGGAUGUACAUCCUGCAUCUAGACCUCAAGCCCGAGAAUAUUCUGUGUGUGAGCAGAGCCACAAACAAGAUCAAAAUUAUUGACUUCGGGCUCGCCAGGAGGUAUAAGCCCAGGGAAAAGCUGAGGGUGAACUUCGGAACGCCUGAGUUCCUGGCUCCGGAAGUCAUCAACUAUGAAUUUGUCUCAUUCCCUACGGAUAUGUGGAGUCUGGGGGUCAUCACUUACAUGCUGCUGACAGGUCUGUCUCCAUUCCUGGGGGAUGAUGACAAUGAGACUCUGAACAACAUCCUGGCCUGUCAGUGGAACUUUGAGGAGGAGGCGUUUACAGACAUCUCUGAGGAGGCCAAAGACUUCAUCACACGCCUGCUGGUCAAGAGCAAGAGUUGGAGGAUGAGUGCCUCACAGUCACUAAAACAUUCCUGGCUGUCGGAUCACAAUCUUCACUAUCGCCUGCAUCAGAAGUCUCCCAUCCAAAACGAGUGUCCCCUCCAAAAUGACUCCCCAGACCCUGUGGGCACCUUAUGAUGACACGGGUCGGUGCCUUUUGAUGACACUGAGGCCAGGGACAGGGCUCAACACUGGACCAACACUGCCGUACCUCUAUGGCUACUGUAUUACUGCUCUCUACUCUGCCUCGCAUCUGUUAGCUUAGCUCUGCAGCUUGUGCAACUGAUUUAAAAAUGGACCGUAAACUCACUCCACAGCUAGCUUGAAAUGUUGCUGAUAGAGCUAUCGAGUUAGAUAGCUCAAACGGUUUGUACGUUGUCAAGGAAAGAGGUCACUAUAAAAUGCACUUUAAUGUAUCACUAUCAAAUGCAAACAUAACCACUUUUUUGAACGAUCAUAUUUCUUACAUUUUCAGCUUACUGUAGAUUUCAAAUAACUCAACACAGGCCUAGUUUACCAAGUCUUAUCAUACCAUUGCAUUGUAUUUGUUUGUUGGGUUUUGAUUUAAAAUAAAGCUUUGGGUGCUAUUUAUUUUCUUGGUAUUGUAAAAGUUUAGUUUCUAUACAGUUAGGAAUUCAUUUUUACACACCUUUCUCCUUGGUUUGCCCCAUCAAACUUUUAAUAGAUCACAUUCAUGAAAAGAAAUCAAUCAUUAUCAAUCCAGGUCAACAUAAUCUUGUCGAUAUUAGACAUAAAUCCUCACUAUUAACCCCUGCUGCUCUGCCCGUUGCUACUGACUUUAAUUUCUCCUGGAGCCACUGCUGUGAAUAUACUGUAAAACUGCCUCUUCUGUGCCUGCAUGCUGUUGGCUUGACCUCAACCUUUUACCUUUCUUUGCUUUCGCCCUUUGGAUUAACCCCCUCACCUUCCAUGAAGGCAUAUUACUGAUCAACAAAACACUACCUAUAUGAUUUCAUAAUUCAUGUUUAUCGCUGAAGUUAGUAGCCUAAGUGCCAGUCUGUUUGUGUUGUCAUGACAACUCCUUGUCACUCCUUGUCAUGACAUAUAUUUGUACUACCCUUCCGACUGGGCACACAAUGAAAUUAUGUUGACCCAACGUGGAAUAGACGUUGAAUUUACGUCUGUGCCCAGUGGGUUGUGAUUGGAGGGUAGCUGUGAGGGUUAUUGAAUUAGGGUCAAAUCCAGAAGAUUUGAUCCUGAUAUCUGAUUGCUGGGAGGCCAGACUGUUUGGCUUGACAAUGAGCAAUGGAGUUCGCAUGAGCUACAACAGAUCUGAGACCAGUCUAUGGAGUUACAGUGGGGCAAAAAAGUAUUUAGUCAGCCACCAAUUGUGCAAGUUCUCCCACUUAAAAAGAUAAGAGAGGCCUGUCAUUUUCAUCACAGGUACACUUCAACGAUGACAGACAAAAUGAGAAAAAAAAUCCAGAAAAUCACAUUGUAGGAUUUUUAAUGGACUUAUUUGCAAAUUACGGUGGAAAAUAAGUAUUUGGUCACCUACAAACAAGCAAGAUUUCUGGCUCUCACAGACCUGUAACUUCUUCUUUAAGAGGCUCCUCUGUCCUCCACUCGUUACCUGUAUUAAUGGCACCUGUUUGAACUUGUUAUCAGUAUAAAAGACACCUGUCCACAACCUCAACCAGUCCAAAGUAACAAAGUAACAAAGCCUACCAUCAGUAACACACUACGCCGCCAGGGACUCAAAUUACAGGCCUCUCUCUUCUUUUUAAGUGGGAGAACUUGCACAAUUGGUGGCUGACUAAAUACUUUUUUGCCCCACUGUAGUUCUUAUGUUCAUGAAUUAUCUUGGUUCCUUACUUGAAAUGCAAGGCUUAGCCUCCAUAGGAAGGGUGCAUAAUAUUAUUUUUUAUCCAGGAGAGAAAAAAACACAUUCAAAAUUGUUUAUUUAAUUAAUUGUGUUUCAUUGUCUGAAUUUGAAGUGUAUGAUUAAUUGUAUUGUAGAUCUAAAGAAAAAAAGGUUUGUCUGUGUAAUAGAUUCACUAUUUUCAAACUGUGCACAAUGAGUUGAUUAUUACUUGGUCAGAUAUUGAGUUAUUGAUUGAAUGAUUGAAUAAUUGAUUGUCAGAUUUGCCCUCCCUGGAAUCAAUUGUUCUCCUUAUACCGUUGUGAUUUUGUGUCAUUUUUGUGUCAUUAUGAAACAUAAUUCUAGUUUGAAAUGUAUAAAAAUAAAUAUAGACAGAAAUAAAAACUUAAAUAAC